AUGCCUGCUGCUAGGCAUUUUACAUGCAAUUGGGAAGAUGAAGAUACUUUAAAUGAACUUAAUCUUAACAUUGAUGAUAUAAGAGGUCAAGGUUAUGACAAUGGGUCAAAUAUGAAAGGUAAACAUCAAGGUGUACAAAGAAGACUUCUUGACAUAAAUCCUCGAGCUUUUUAUACACCAUGUGGGUGCCAUAGCUUAAACCUUGCACUAUGCGAUAUGGCAAAAUCUUGUGUCAAAGCUAGAAAUUUUUUUGCAUAUGUGCAAAAGGUUUACACUUUGUUUGCUGGAUCAACACAUCUGUGGGAUGUUCUUAAAACAUAUGUAAAGGGUCUGACACCAAAGCCAUUGUCGGUUACUCGUUGGGAAAGUCAUGUUGAAAGUGUUAAAGCAAUCCGAUAUCAAGCACCAGAGUUGAGAGACGCUUUGAUUGAAAUUGCAAAUAGUUCUAAAGAGGACAUUGUGAUGGCAGAAGCUAAAGGCUUGUGUAAAAAUGCUUUGGAGGAUUUUGAGUUCUUGAUUAGCUUGUGUAUUUGGUAUAAGAUUUUAGAUAAAGUCAAUCGAGUUAGCAAAGUUCUUCAACAAGAAGAGAUGAAUUUGGAGGAUGCAAUUACAAGAAUAAACGAGCUUAUUGUUUUCUUUCAAAAGUUUAGAGAAGAUGGUUUUGAAAACAUGAUGAAAGAAGCCAAUGAACUUGCUAAUGAUGUUGGUAUCGAUCCGACAUUUCCGAUAAAAAGAGUGGUUCGUAGAAAGAAGCAUUUUGAUGAGGAUGUGGAAGCGAAUGUGGAAGGUAGUCAAUCACCGGAGGAUAAUUUUAGAGUUUCCUAUUUCCUCCACAUUAUUGAUCAAGCUCUUACAUCACUCAAAGAUCGUUUUGAACAAUUCGAGCUCUAUGAAGAAAUCUUUGGUUUUUUGUUUAAUGCAAAGUUCAUGAGUAUUGGUGAAGAAAAAUUAAUGGAACAUUGCAUUAAAUUACAAAGAUACUUGGAACACAACCAACAAUGUGAUAUACAUGGGAAAGAUUUAUUCAAUGACCUACGAGCUUUGCAAACAAUGUUGCCGAAGAAAGUGACUAAAUCAAUAGACAUCCUUGACUUCAUAAGAUCUUAUUGGGAUGAUGGUGGCUUUCAAUGUGCAUGGGUUGCUUAUCGGAUUUUGUUAACUAUCCCAGUUACAGUUGCCUCGGCAGAGAGAAGUUUUUCCAAGUUGAAAUUAAUAAAAAGUUAUCUUCGCACUACCAUGUCACAGGAACGAUUGAAUGGAUUGGCAAUGAUAUCAAUUGAAAAUGAAUACUUAGAGAAACUUGAGUAUGAUGACUUAAUUGAAGAAUUCGCUUCAAAAAAUUCAAGGAGAAGUAUUUUUCUUUGAUGGGAAUUGUAGCACAAAUGUAAUCUCUUCUUAUAUGAAUAUUGAUUUUGCAUGAGAA